AUGUUGCGGCUUAGGGUUCUGCACAAUCCGCGGUGUACAUACUUCACUGUUGCUUACAACUAUAUCAGCAAAGAACUCUUUCAUCCUGACCAUUUACAUGUAAAGGCUGUAAGAAAUAUGCUUGUGGGCGUUCAUGAUCAACUAGGAUUACCAUGGGGACUGACAAUCUCAACCACAGCUAUCCUAGUGAGAACAGUUGUAGCCGUUCCGCUGUAUAUAUUCUCUGAAAGGAACCAAGCUAAAGUUUCACAUGUCGCCAUCGACUGCCAAAAAAACUGGCAGUUGAUAAGAACGAAACUUAAUGAUUACGAUUAUUAUCGUGGUGCAAGUCAAAAGAAACAAUUAAUACUUGAAAAUCUUAUGUUCAGACGUGUCUUUAUCCAGACUUGUGAAAGGAAUGGAUGCCAUCCAGUGAAGUCAUCAGUUACGGGGAUAAUCCAAAUUCCAUUGUGGCUCACAUUCACCUUCUCCCUUAGAUACCUGUGUGGAUAUCAAAUAUCACAAUUUGAUCCCAACUACGUGAUUGACAACCCGUCUCUCAUCAUCCCGUGCUCAAGUUUUAUGCUUCCCUUCAUUUGUACGUUAGCUGGAUUAGCAAAUGUAGAGCUGGCAUGCUUAAGACGACCUCUACUUUUUAAUUCCAAAUCAAAUUCACUGAUACCAGAUCCCUUAUCUUAUAGUGUUGUGCGGUUUUUGGGAUGGGUUGGAAACCUCAUUCUUUUCGCGUGUUGCAGCUUUCUGCCGAAAGCACUCGUAAUUUAUUGGUGUACAUCUUCUAUUCACCAACUGUGUAUAAGUCUAUUGAUAAUGCACCCCAACCUACGAAAACUACUUGGUUUAUGGACCAUACCACACGAAGGAUCUUAUCCGUAUAGAGCUCUGCUUAACUCAAUGUAUCAUCGCUAUAACAUAUUAAAAUGGUUACGAAAUAAAAAGUUAUGA